AGGUUUGUGCCUUGAUGGUCAGAUCUUCUGAUUUAUCCACUGGACCUAAGGAAUCAUAAUAGGCCUACUGGCACCACAUGCUGCCACACCUGCUUCUUUCAUCAGAAUGGCUUCUUGGACAUUUUCCAACAUCGUAAAGGAUGAUUCUCUGACAGUGAUUGUAGGCAUUUCUCUUGCCUCUGCUAUUGCCUUUUCCACAUAUUAUCUCUCCUUUGUUGCCAAGGUGCCUAAUAUUCACUGUGGGAACAAGAAACUUAAGAGUUUGCUUUUAUCCCGUGUCCCCUGCCUGUCAAGAAGGUAUUGGGUGACACCAUGGUGCAUAGAGCCUCGUCUACAUACCAUCCUCUCUAUGCCUGUAUUCCACACAAAGGAACCCAUCAGUUAUGAAAGGGAGAUCCUGGUCUUACAUGAUGGGGGAGAGGUGGCACUGGACUGGAAGCACAAAUGCCUUACCCAUUCCAAAGGGGACCCUAUCCUGAUCCUUUUACCUGGCCUCACUGGUGAUAGUCAGACAUUCUAUGUAAGGAAACUUGUACAGGCCGUCAGUGAGGCAGGCUGGUGCUGUGUUGUCUUUCAGAACAGGGGACUCGCUGGAGUUCGGCUCAAGACGCCACGCACCUACUGUGCUGCUAACUUUGAGGACUUCAAGGAGGUUCUGGAUCAUGUGGUAAAGAAGCAUCCAGAAUCCCCUUUGGCUGCCCUUGGCGUUUCCCUUGGAGGCCUCAUCCUGGGUAACUACUUGUGUGUGGCAGGGGAGAAUACACCCCUCACCACUGCAGUAAUCAUCUCUGCACCAUGGGAUGUCUUCAUCAGCUCUGAAAGCCUUCAGAAGCCUUGGAUGAACCGUGCUCUCAACCAGCAUCUGGCAAAAGCACUAUGCAACAUGUAUCUAAGGUCCUGUUCAUCAUAUGAUCCUUGA